AUGACGGGGUGCGAAGGAAAUGUUCAGCAAGCGACAGGGUCGCAGGGUCGCUUGUCGUCACGCUCACGGGAUGUGUACAUGCGCAUGAAGCGUUUGCGCAGCCAUGAGAGCGGUAGUGCGGAGGACACGGCCCCGCCUCGCCUGCGGAUUUGUCUGGACAACAGGGGCGAUGCUAACAGUGUGGUGAGGUGCGCACUUCGUGUCGUGGCCUCGCCAUCGUCGACGUUGUUAAGCACAGAGCAGCGUCCGUGCGCGUUGCAUUUUCGUUUGCUUUCAAAAGUGGGACUCUCAGCCUCCCCAAAAGAUGAUCCACGCGGCACACACGACGAGUUCGUUCCCACACCAACGCCGCUGCUGUCUGUUGAGCGUCUAUGGAACCUCCCUGGCUGCAUGGUGGUGGACUGCACGACAGAGGAACUAAAGCGGGAGCCCAAUUCACUUCCCAUGCUUGAAAAGAACGGUCUAAAGAUUGACGGGAACGCCAUUUCAACACGGGGUGCAGAGGACUGGCUUCUCUACAUUCUCGAUAAGGAUGUUGCGGCAGAGGAAGACGAACCGGAGGAACAAAAGGAAGGAGAAGGGGCAGUUGACGAUGAAUUUGGCUUUGACGACUUGAUUAUUACAAGACCUGAAGCGGACGGCGGGGCCGUCACGCCUAAUUUUUGCUCGGGGAGGUACCGUGCGCAUCGCAAGCGAUGUCGCGAUGACACGACACCAGAGUAUAUCUUGUCUUUGGGGCCGCACUCUGGAGAAGGUGGCGGUCGCACAGACGAUUGCGAAGGGGAAAUCUCACUUUAUGCCAUGCUGCGGGACCAUGGGCAGGAUCUUUUUUUGCUGGAGGAGGAUGCUGGUUGCGAGCCGGAACUGUACAUUUAUCCCGACCAUCGCAGAGAUGAUGAGUACGACAGCAACGCGGCAGACUUUUCGGGCAAUGAGUACCCAGAUGAACAGAGCACGAGUAGCAACGCGAGUGUGCGGACCGACUCAGAGGAUGAGAAUGACAUGGUGCGACGCCCUAAGGGGUGUUACGGGGACUUGUGGUACGACGAGGAUUACGCGGAGGCUUCCCUCAGCAGCGGCUGGAGCAGCCAUGAUAAUGGCUACUGA